CCCGCCCAGUCCAAGCCGCAGCCAUGUCGUCGUCCAACGUCCUCGGUGUUGUCCUCAUUGCUCGCCACGGUGACCGUCAGGGUUUCUACCAGGACCCCAUAACGUACGACGCCUCCAACACGGCCAUCACCCCCCUUGGAGAGCUCCAAGAGCAGCAGCUCGGCCAGUACGUCGGCUCGGUCUACCUCAACUCCAGCUCGCCGUCCUACUUCGGGCUCUCGACUGUCUUCGACUCGGACACGUUCUCCGCCCAGGCAGAUUUCGCAGAUGAGGGAUUUGUGAUCAUCGACAGUGCGAACGCCCUCCUGCAAGGCUUGUUCCCGCCUAAUGCCACUGCCAAUACUAUCGCUCUUGCGAAUGGUAGUUCUGUGACAGGUCCCUUCCAAGGGUACCAGUAUGUCCCCGUUGACUCCAUCGGGAUAAAUGAUGUUUCGUUGGAGGGAUUCACAGACUGCAAUACGCAAAACACUCGCACCAGCGCGUUCUACAACUCAACGGCCUUCCAGCAGAAGGCCAACGAGAGUGCUGCUUUCCUUAGUCAGCUUCCUCCUUUCCUGGACGGCCGACCUGUGACCCUCGUGAACAUGUGGAACAUCUAUGACUUCAUGAACGUUCAGUCCAUCCACAACGCCACGUUCGCGAAGAAUCUUCCUCCUACGUUCCUUGCUCAGGCUCGCGAUCUCGCGAACUGGCACGAGUGGAACGUCUUCUCAGAUUCCACUCUUGGUGGUAUUGGCAACAUUGCCGGCACGGCGAUGCUUCCGUCCGUCUUGUCUGCUAUGCAGGACAUCGCCAACAGCUCGAACCCACUCAAGUUCUCAUAUACGGCCAUCUCGUACAAGCCAUUCCUGAGUCUGUUCAACAUGACGGGUGUCAACGCCGACGGACAGGUCCCCCCAGCAAUCGUCAACUACGCGGCGGCACUCGCACUGGAGGUCCGCCAGCCGAGUGGCGGUGGCGAGCCCUUCAUCAGGUUCCAGUUCAAGAACGGGACGGACGACGACGUGUUCAAGACGUACAACAUGCAGCUGCCGAGCAUGUCUUCUCCAGGCGACGUCCCGCUCUCGACGUUCCUGAGCACGUUCGAGCCCGUCGCGAUCAACACGACGCUCGAGUGGUGCCUCACAUGCAACCAGACGACGCUCCGCGGGUGCGGCGCGCUCCUGAACGCGUCGUCGGCCGCGGCGAGCGCACCGGCGCCGACGCACCACGACCGGAUCAGCCCCGUCGGCGCGGGCUUCCUCGGUGCUGGCCUCACGUUCGCGGUCUACAGCAUGCUCCUCGCCGCGCUCGUCCUCCUCGGCCUCCUCAACUUUGGCAAGCGCGGCAGCCGCACUGCGAGCCGGCAUGGUCUGAACUCGGAGGAUAACUCGAUCAACCACGACAAGCGCCCGUCUUCGUAAACGGGGGCACACACUACGAUGCGAUGUGCCUGGGAUGCCAGGAAAACGUCUACCUUAUGACCCCCCUUUGUACCUGUCCAUGCUCCCGGAGAGUUAGUGGUGUAUUGG